AUGUCUUCUCGGCUAAAAUAUAGGCGACGGCGAAAUGAUAAGGACGACACUAAGCCAUUGUGCGAUCAGCCGCAGCGUGACUCUCCCGAAUAUUUGCAAAAACUCAUAGCCGAAUUGUAUGGAGUGCAGCAGGAGUCGCUUCCUGCCUUCACGUCGUCUUCUACAGUAGACAACGAGCUUCACGCGUUGGUGGGGCUCUUCCUACGCCAGUUUGUGCUCGGGUGGUACAAGAAUGUUGCGUUUGAUGAGAACGGGGAGUUCCUAAAUGAAAUAGUUGCACUGAUCGCUCAUUUGACUAGAGAUCUCCAGCAGAGGUGUUUAAGAAUUGACUGGAGCCAAUUGUUGCUAGACGACCUAUUCGUGGUACUCGGUAAACACAUGGAAGCACUGAGAGAAGCCAAGACACGAGUAGGAACAAAAUUUAGCAUCCAGGACGAAAACGAGUUGAUUGCCAACUAUCUAUCUCUGAACGGUCACUUUGCUAUCCAAUUAGACACCCCUGAGCGCGAGCGGCAAUAUAUGCAAGUCUUGGUCAAAAAGCUGAUGAAAAUGAUGCUACCGAACGAGGAGGCAGAGUCCAACUUGAGCCGAAUGUUUGCAGAAACUAUUUUCGGAGACCUCAUUCUGCGAAACGUUGUGGAGAACCUCACAGACAACUUCAUGCUCUGGAACAUGAUCAAGGCCGUCAGCGAAGCUUCAAGCAGGCGUCCGAAGACGAAGAGGCCCUUUUUCGAGCAAUUAUCUGCCGGAAGCCGUCAGGUGGGCCAUAUAGUAGCAUAUUGCACCUCUGUCUUCUCCUCCAAGCCGGCUCCCCAAACCUUGGUAACGCAAUACGCUGUGUUCCCAUUCAUAAACAGAUUGGUCCAUUUCAGCAACAGAUAUCCACUAGCACAUGUGGUUGUCACGACGACAGCGGCAUUGCUCCAGAAAUCCAAAAAAUUCAAUCACCUAUGCAGUAACGUUCUUAAUAACUUGAUUUACAACAGAUUGCUCACUAGCGAGACGAUAUCCAGUGCAGUACGGGCUUUGCGCCAUAUUAUGUUCCCAACGGAUGAGUACUUCAACACAACGCCUAGAUACGUGCCCCAAACCACACAAGAACUCGAAGAAAUCAAGCUGAAUGCCAAAAUUGCCAUGGACAAGGUGUUCUUCCAUCCUUACCUCGAUACAGAGUCCUUUCUAGGCUCCUUUGAACACAAGACCAUCAACAAGUCCUUAAUGUGGAACAUACUCGAUUUGCUGCUCAUAAAUGUUUUUCCAGAACUGAAGGAAAUGUGA